GAUAAGUAAUUCGCAAAUUUCUAAAACUAAAAAUGGCUGCUGGUAUGAAAGAAGCUGUAACUGUUUACCAAAGUUUGAAGAAAGAAUUUUACAGAAAGAAUGCAAACCUGAAUGUUUGUGCUCAGCAUCUGUGUAAACUGAAGAUUGCAUUGACUGGUUUAUCUUUUCUGCCAUCCACACAAACCACUCCUACUCUUCAAGAGUUUGUAUUGGCAAGAGAUGUCUUGGAAAUUGGAGCCCAGAUGAGCAUUAUGAAAAGAGAUAUUCCAGCUUUUGAAAGAUACAUGUCUCAGCUCAAGUGUUAUUACUUGGAUUACACAGAAGAUGUUCCAGAAUCUGCUUAUAAACAAGAACUUUUGGGUCUCAACCUUCUGUGUUUGCUUGCACAAAACAGGGUAGCAGAGUUCCACACGGAACUUGAGAGGUUAUCCACAAAUGAUAUUCUUAAUAAUGUCUACAUCCGUCACCCGAUAGCUAUUGAGCAAUAUUUGAUGGAGGGUAACUACAAUAAGUUGUUUCUGGCAAAGGGAAAUGUCCCUGCUGAAAGCUAUAAUUAUUUCAUUGAUAUUUUGCUGGGAACUAUCAGGGAUGAGAUAGCGACUUGUAUAGAAAAGUCAUACCCUCGAAUCUCCUAUACCGAAGCAAGAAGAAUGUUAUAUUUUGAGUCCGAAAAUGAGCUUGAUCAAUAUUCAAAGAACAGAGACUGGGAAUUAGGAGCAGGAAAGUAUUUCUGCUUCAAUAUUACAAAACAGAAUGAAGAAACAGAUCUAGUGGCAACAGCAGAGCUUGCACAACAAGUUAUUAAAUAUGCCAAGGAAUUAGAGAUGAUCAUAUAAUAAAACAACUCUGAAACUUUUUAGUAGACCAAUUUCAAACUGUGCUAUUAAAUGUUAAAUUUGAAACACAAAUUUUCAAUGUGCUUGCUUGUAAAUAAUAACAACUGUUUCAUAAAUUGCUUUGACUGUAUGCUGCAAAUUUCAAAGUUCCGAUACAAACUGAGGUAUUUAAUGUUCAACAAUUAAUUUGUUACCUCACAUGUUAUAUAAACAAAAUCUACAUUGCGUCAAUAUUACCAUAACCAUACAUAUACAAUAUUUGUUUUACAUUUGAACAGUUUACAACAACACAUGUGCAUAGUAUUUAUGUGUAGAUUUCUUUUCAUACAAAGUUUGAUAUGUGUUAAACCUCUUUAUUUGUUGAAUCAGGUUUAACAAAAACUAAUUCAUCUGUAUAGAGUAAAAUUUAUAAGCGUAAUUAUCAAACCACAUUUUAUAAAGCAGAAUUUUUUAAAAGUAUAAACUAAGGAUACAUAAACAGUUACAUAGACAAUAUAUAUUGAAAUUUUCACCAAUUUUGCUUUCCCCCCAAUUUA